AUGUACGAGGAGGAGGAGGAGAGUUUCGACACACCGGUGUCUUCUCGACGUCCCAUUGGCGUCAAGGCUGCGAAGAACAAGGGGAAGGUGAAGAUAGAGACUUCCCUACGGAUCCCUCAAGUUGCUUGCCUCCAAGCACUCCGCUGGAAAAUCGAUCAAUUACGAAAUCGAGAUUACAUCAUCGAGGAAUUGACAGAGAACAACUCCGACAACGUCGACAUUAUCGGUUCAGCACAUGGAAGAUUGUACUGCAUGAUAUUUGCACCGUUCACGGGAAAAGACAACCAUUGGAGACCUGUAGCAUUUGGUGCAUGCUUAUUAUCUAAAGAAAACGCUGAUUCCUUCUCAUGGUUGUUUGAACGUUUUGUCAAAUGUAUGGGUUCUGCACCAAAAUUGAUCAUUACUGAUCAGGAUUUGGGAAUGAAGGUUGAUGUGGAAAGAGUCCUUGUUGAUACAAGACAUCGAUGGUGCAUGUGGCACAUCGUGUUUAAGGUUAUGGAAAAGUUACCAAAGAAUCUACUUGGCAAUGAAGACUUGAAAAAGGAGUUAAACAAUUGUGUGUGGUCUGAGUUGAUAGAGCCUGAAGAAUUUGAUGAAGAAUGGAAUAAAGUAAUGGAAAAAUAUGGGCUUAAGGACAAUGAGUGGUUAUCCUCGAUGUUUGCCUCACGAAAAUUUUGGGUGUCUGCAUUCUUUAGGGAUUUUCCAAUGAGUUCACUAAUAAAGACCACAUCAAUAUCUGAAUCUCAGAACAUAUUCUUCAAGAGGUACUCCAAGUUUCGUUCUAAUCUUGUUGAAUUUCUUAUGAAUUACAACAAUGCAUUGGAUGGCCAAAGGAGCAACAACAAUAGGCUAGAAUACUUGGAUUUUAACACAAUUCCAACUUUGAAAACAAAUUCAGCCAUCGAGAAGCAUGCUUCGACAAUAUAUAGUGAUAGUGGUUUCAAACUAAUUCAAAGUGAGAUUGAGGAAGCAGUUGACAAUGUCACUUGGUGA